GCUAGUUUCCGCAUCAUUUCAACCUUUCAGUUUCAAAAUCUCUCCUUGAGGUCAGACCUUCAAAAACAGAUUAUUUACCUACGGAUAUCACGCUCAGCGGGAUAUCUAACAAGUCAGCCUAUCUUUCGUGUUACAGAUAAAAUUAGUGACUGCACGAAGCCCAUUAACCGAAGCAGCUGACGAGAAAAUCCGUCCGUAGACUAACAUUAGGUUUUGCGCUUUCGAUAGGAGAAACGUGCAUCGAAAGUAUUUGCCGAGGAGCGAAAUUACCGGAUUGCCUCCCCAGUGAAGACAAACUGCACAAAGAAAUCAAGAGAGUCUUUGACAUGGAACGUUCUGUCUCUAACACUUCCAACGUCACGACCGACUUGGGAACUGAGCCUCUGGAGCCUGUUCUAUUAAGGACUGUGGCAUCUUUCGUGAGCGCCUCACUAAUCUGCCUUCUGAUUAUAGGCGCCUUCAUAGCAAAUACUUUUGUCUGUUUAGCUGUUUAUAAACAGCGCUCUGCUAGGCGGAUAACGCGGUAUUUCAUUAUUAAUCUGUGCCUGGCAGAUAUCUUCAUUACAGUUAUAAGUAUGCCUAUUUGGCUGAUUUUUCUGCUGUACGGCAGCAAGUCAGCGAUUCUUUAUCUCGGCGAGACAUUUGUCACGAUUUGGAGACACGUGGACAUCAUGUGUGGAACAGCCUCCAUUCUGAGUUUGACGUCAAUCAGCGUGGACCGUUAUAUAGCAGUUUCCAGGCCCUACUCGUACGUAGAGACGAUAACUACACGAAGGGCGAUGCACAUUAUUGGAGGAAUUUGGGUCUACUCCAUGACUGUUGCCUUGUUGGUAAAACCACUCAGAGAAUUUAAAGGUGGUUACGCCAUAUUUGUCAUGUUUGCAAGUUUCCUCCUUCCCUUACUAAUAAUCAUUGCAGCUUACGGAAGUAUGUUUCGCGUUGCUAUGCGACACACACGUGGCCUGACCCGCAGAGAGGAAGAAGUAAAUAAUCAUCACCACUGGCAUAAAGAGAUAAAGAGACACCUCAAAGCUGCUAAGACUGUUGCCUUUGUGAUUGGAAGUUUUCUGUGCUGCUGGACGCCAUUCAUCAUUGUGAGCGUUUGUUUUGCGUUUUAUACGUUGAACCCUACCGGAGCGAGUGUCACAAAGUGGCUGGCGUAUCUAAACGCUGUUUUAAAUCCUGUGGUUUAUACCUGCGUCGAUAAACAGUUGAGGAGACUUGUGUUGAAGCGACUUUCUUUCUGUUUUCGUGGAAGGUUUUGGAUGUUUUUCAAAGAAGAUCGCUUUUCGCGCUGUGGGACAGAAAACUCUACGCAUAUGAGUUCUGUGUAAAUAAAAUUUUUACUAGUAUCAUAAAAAGUAGAAGAGGAAGCGGAAAAUGAUGACGAUGAUGAAGAGUAACAACAACAACAACAACAACAAGAAAAACUAACAACAGUGGGAUACUUGUCAACAUCUUUAGCAAAUAAAGAGCGACAAUUAUUGAGCAGCAGCAGAAAAAAAAGCCAUCAACAACUAGCUGUUAUCCUGACAACAUUUUAAACAGCAACAAUACAGAGGCAAAUUAGUGGAGUAACGCGUAAAGAACAACUUUAAUAAUAGCAAUAACCACAAGGAACUGUGCGGAAUACAUAAAUGAAGCAGAUAUCAGAUCGUGAAUUAAAUUAACAUCAGAACAAACGACAAGAGAAGCUAAUCACCGCUAAAAAUAAAAAGAACAACAACUAGAAAACACUACAAGUAGAAACAGUGACAAAAAAUAGCCUUUCCUUUAGAGAGUCUGUUUGGAGUGGUCUGUACGAUUAUCGACAUCGAUAUUCGUCAUUACAGAGGUCAAACUAUUGUGAAUUCACAAAUUGGUCAGUCAGAUUGCGAUGUUACUUCCAAUUGUGGUAAAAUAUUUAAUUUCUUAAUAUAAAGUGGAAUAGUAGAAGAAUUGUGAAAAUUUGAGUGAAGCACUUCUUUUUAGUCUGUCUUCUCCUCGUUUCGUGAAGAACAGCCUUUGUCAUAUCGCAAUAGUCUUCAUGAACAGGUGCGUUAUACACCAUUUACACUGCACCACAUUGACUGUUGAGUUCUGUUGACUUGCGAGGAAAGGUUUCAAGAAAGAGCUCAGUUUUUAAGGGGAUCAGCACUAGCUGUUGCAGUAAAAUGCUUCAGGACUAAGGAGUGAUUCUUCUCGUUUUAGCUUCAGCCGCCCUGUUUCGUGUUUCAGACAAUACAGGGUUAAGCAAAGAAGUCAGUCACUCCUUUAAUAUGCUGAAAUAUGUCUUCAGAAUGGCAUCAAAUUAAUCCAAAUUUUUGCAUCUUGUUCACCUUUGUAUUACUUGAUUAGAUACAUCGUAUAUUUGCAUGUCAGUUCUUUAUUUAUUGCUCGAGAAUCGAGAUUGGUAUUGGUAGAAGUCCUUAGAAGGGUCUGCAGAAAGUGUUACUGCUUUAUUUAUCUAUAGGUAUUUAGUAAAUAACCCCUUCAGGCGCUUUGUAUGUCGGUUAAUAAUGUCCGCGGCUGAAAUAUUAUCCAAAAAAAGGAAUAUUUGGACGAGAAGCGAAGCUUCGAGAGCAAACGUGAAAUUUUGAGGACAAUCUUUCAACCAAGGACAUUAUCAGCUGACAUACCAACAACCCAGAAGGGGUUUAUUGAUUUUAUAAUCCAUCCACUCCCUAUCACGUGUCGACAGUAAGUUUUGUUUAAUUUAUUAUAGCGGAGCUCUAAUCAGACCCGAAGUCGGACGACCCGGGUUCUAGUCCUGGCCGGGGCAAGGCGUUGUACCCUUGAGACGUGCGGGAAAAAAAAAUGCGAGCUCCGCUUUUAGGCUUGGCUAAAUCUAUAAAUUACUUUUCGAAGUAGCUUUGGAGAUUACCUUUUUAAUGUCACUGCCACUGGUUUUUAGAAACGAGUUUGUUUGUCUUCCAUGUUAAGUAAUAAAGAUAAAAAAGUGAAA